UCUUCUCUUUCAGAUAAAAUUGAAGAUGAAUUAGAAAUGACUACAGUGUGCCAUAGACCUGAAGGACUGGAACAGCUUGAAGCACAAACCAAUUUCAGUAAAAGAGAACUUCAAGUACUUUACAGAGGAUUUAAAAAUGAAUGUCCUAGUGGGGUUGUUAAUGAAGAAGCAUUUAAACAGAUCUAUGCACAGUUUUUUCCUCAUGGAGAUGCUAGCAUGUAUGCACAUUAUCUCUUCAAUGCUUUCGACACUGCACAAAAUGGCUCAGUGAAGUUUGAGGAUUUUGUGAUGGCAUUAUCCAUUCUGUUACGGGGAACUGCUCAUGAAAAGCUAAGAUGGACAUUUAACCUCUACGACAUAAAUAAGGAUGGCUACAUAAACAAAGAGGAAAUGACAGAUAUUGUAAAGGCAAUUUAUGAUAUGAUGGGAAAGUAUACAUAUCCAGUGCUCAAGGAAGAUGCACCAAGGCAGCAUGUAGAAGUAUUCUUCCAGAAAAUGGAUAAAAACAAAGAUGGUGUUGUAACUUUAGAUGAAUUUAUUGAAUCGUGUCAGGAGGAUGACAACAUCAUGCGAUCCUUACAGCUCUUCGAGAACGUGAUGUAACGGUACCUGAUGAGAGCUGGAGGAGUCAGAGACUUUCUGACUAACAAAGAUCUCCGUUCUGGGUGAAAGCUUUUUACGAUUAAGCCAUGUUCAGUGUGUGAGACUUUUGUAUGAUGUGUACAAACAAAUAGCAACUGAAAGCAUCCGAUCCCACCUUUUCUCCCCAGGGGACACCGGUGGACCUUCUUUUCAUUUUGGAAGCAUGUGACUAUUUUAAUAACUCCUGACAAGAG